CUGGGAAAAGUGGAAGACCGAAAAGCUUGCUCCAUCUACGGUUAGAGUUAUCUUCUAACCAUUCAUAAACGUCACAUCCACACCGAAACAGUCCAUUUUCACUCUAAAAGGUUAGGACAUCUUCUUAGGACUACGGGUCGCGGCCAGAUUUACAAAUUCACCUUGUGAAAUCCUACGCUAGCUUCAUCUUAUUGACGAUGUCAGAACACACCGCGUUGAGUUCUUCGUCUAAUGCCGAUGACAGAAGAACCGUUCAGCAGAAUGAGGGCCCAUCAUCUGGGACUACGGGCACAAAGCGGGCUGCUCGCAGUCGCGGAGCCGCCUCUCGGCCCGUGAAAUCUGCAUCAACCUCCGCCAAGAGAAUUCAACGAGAAUUGGCUGAAAUUGCCCUCGAUCCGCCGCCGAACUGCAGCGCUGGCCCAAAGGGAGACAACCUGUACGAGUGGAACUCGACAAUACUUGGUCCACCUGGGUCAGUGUACGAGGGAGGAGUAUUCUUUCUUGACAUUCAUUUUCCUUCGGAUUAUCCUUUCAAGCCACCAAAAGUUUCAUUCCGUACUAGAAUAUAUCAUUGUAAUAUCAACAGCCAGGGUGUGAUUUGUUUGGACAUUCUUAAAGACAGCUGGAGUCCGGCUCUAACAAUCUCAAAAGUCCUCCUGUCCGUUUGUUCAUUACUCACAGACUGUAAUCCAGCUGAUCCCCUCGUAGGAAGCAUCGCCACACAGUUCGUUAACGACAGAGAAGAACACGACAGAAUAGCGAAAGAAUGGACCAAACGCUACGCAACAUAAAACUGGAAAAUUGAACAAAACUAUUAUAAUUCAUCCAUCAUGUUUCCAAUCCAUGUCUCAAAUCAUCCGCGUGGUGUUUUCUUGAGAUAACGAGUAAUGUUGCACCCAGAUCUCGCCCACUUGAAAAGAACGGGCGAGGCUUGGGUACGAUAUUAGGAACGUGCGCUCGCCGUCUAAAAUGAACUUUUUUCGCUUCGGUCUUCUUAGAAACGGAUAGAGUCGAGAAUGUUCUGUAUCACUCGCUGAACGCUCACGCUAUAAACGAUAAUUCUUGUGUCACUCGAUGCUUUUAAAACCCAGUAAUUCAGACGAAUAUUUAAAAAAUUUAAGAAAGAUUUGAUAUUUUUUUUUCUUCCCAAAAAACUUUAGUUUAAAAGCGAGCUUGAAAAAAUAUAUUUUCGGGGUAUUCUUCCGAGAAGUAUCCUUAAAUGACAUUCAUUUUAAUAAAGAUUUUGACGCAACCAACGACGUACCAAAAACAUUGUUGAAAUUUGCGGUCUGAUAGAGAGAAAGAAGGUUGUAAUAUUGUUAGACUAUAUGUGUAAAGAUAAAUUUGACAGUUUCAGAUUAUCAUUAGUGCUGUGAAGAUUGUAAAUAAUAAAGUUUAUUAAUUUAUCUGA